AUGUCUUGGACUGAUGCUUUGGUCGUUAUUGGUGGCUUAACAUUAGUUUUCUACGCGAUGAAAUGUGCCUGGAAAUGUUGCUGCGGAUUCAGAGACUUCAUAUUAUCAUCAAUUUGGCAAGUGGAUUUAAGGAGUUACGGCCAAUGGGCAGUUGUAACAGGAGCCACAUCUGGCAUUGGUAAAGCAUAUGCCAUGGAGCUAGCUCAAAGAGGCCUGGACAUUGUUUUAGUAAGCAGAUGUGACGAAAAGCUUCGGCAGGUCGCUAAAGAGAUUGAGGAUCAACACGGUCGAAAGACUCACUCCAUCCUAGUGGACUUCACUCACGGUCAGAACAUUUACCCUCUUAUCGACAAGCAACUACAAGGUCUGGAGAUUGGAAUUCUGGUUAACAAUGUGGCAAUGUCCUAUUCUGAUGAUUUUGCCACAUUCCUCGAAAUCCCGAACGCCGAACAGAAAAUCACAGCCAUUCUCGACUGUAACGCGCUCUCUGUUGCUCAGAUGACGAGAUUGGUUCUUCCCGGCAUGCUUGAAAGAAGGACAGGCUUGAUCAUCAAUAUCUCAUCGCAAAUGGGACUCCAUCCACAGCCUCUGUUGGCGCUUUACUCUUCCACUAAGGCAUUUGUGAGCUUUUUCUCUCAGUGUCUUCAUGCUGAAUACAAGUCCGAGGGGAUCACUGUUCAGUGCGUCAAUCCUUUCCUGGUGUCCACCAACAUGAACAAAAUGAAGAGCAGUGCCUUUGUGAAGAGCGCUGACGCUUUCGCUCAAGAGGCCUUGAACACAGUGGGUUACUCCAGCUACACCAACGGCUGUCUCUUACAUGCACUGCAGAGCUCAGCUUUUGGAGUACUCAUGCCCGACUGUCUCCGUAUGUCUUCAUUCCUUGUGGCAAAGCUGCGCCGCGCAGCGUACCAAAGAAAUAUCCAAAGAGGAGUGUGCAAAGAGGUUAAGACAAGCUAG